UUGUGGUCAGUGUGUUGUCAAACCUUCACCCAUGGUUCAUGGACUCUUACCUGCCAGGAGGAGGACAACAUUAUGGAGCAUGUAGACAUGCUCCUAUUCUCCAGCUCUGCAGGUCUCCAGGUUUGCCACCUCCACCCAGUGGAUGAUGUUUCUCUUGCACCUUUUUCAUGGUGUAAAUUUGAAAGAUUAUGUACUUUCAUUGUCUGGAAGGAUUACGCUUCAGAGUCAACUCUAUGGCACAGUCUUCUGCACUCCUGUCCCAGGAAGCACUGCUCCCGCCUCCUCCUGCAGCCCUGCCUGACUGCUCAUCACACAGCUGCCUUCUCUCCUCCUCAUCACUCUGCCACUCCUGCGGCGCUGUGCUCUGCUUGAAGAGGACGCUGGCCUGCUCCUCACCCACUGAUUCUGCAUGACUGUCUCAAAGAUGUCAUGGCGUCCGACCUACCGAAGCUCCAAGUUUCGAAAUGUAUAUGGAAAAGUAGCCAACCGGGAGCACUGCUUCGAUGGUGUCCCCAUCACCAAGAAUGUCCAUGACAACCACUUCUGUGCCGUGAACUCUAAAUUCCUGGCAGUCGUCACUGAAAGCGCUGGCGGGGGCUCUUUCAUCGUUAUACCUGUAUCCCAGUCUGGUCGUCUGGACUCUCAUUACCCAAAAGUAUGUGGUCAUCAAGGAAAUGUAUUGGAUAUCAAGUGGAAUCCCUUCUUUGAAAACAUCAUAGCAUCCUGCUCUGAGGACACCUCAGUGCGAGUAUGGGAGAUCCCAGAGGGCGGUCUAAGGCGCAACAUGACAGAGGCAGUGCUGGAGCUGUACGGUCACAGCAGACGGGUGGGUCUGAUCGAGUGGCACCCCACCAGCAGUGGCAUCCUCUUCAGUGCUGGUUAUGACUAUAAGAUCCUCAUCUGGAACCUGGAGAUUGGAGACCCGGUGAAAAUGAUCGACUGUCACGCUGACAUCAUCCUCAGCAUGUCCUUCAACACCGACGGCAGCCUGCUGGCCACUAGCUGCAAAGACAAGAAGCUGCGUGUCAUUGAGCCACGCUCUGGGAGAGUCCUUCAGCAGCAAGCUAAUUGUAAGAACCAUCGUGUAAACCGAGUGGUGUUCCUGGGCAACAUGAAGCGGCUGCUCACCACGGGGGUUUCUCGCUGGAACACCCGGCAGAUUGCUCUCUGGGAUCAGGAAGAUUUAUCCAUGCCAAUUGCGGAGGAGGACAUAGAUGGCCUCUCAGGACUCUUGUUUCCCUUCUAUGAUGCUGACACACACAUGUUGUACCUGGCAGGCAAGGGGGACGGCAACAUCCGUUACUUUGAGAUUACAACAGAGAAGCCGUACAUCCAGUACCUGAUGGAGUUCCGGUCCCCAGCCCCACAGAAAGGACUGGGUGUGAUGCCAAAACACGGACUGGACGUGUCAGCCUGCGAGGUGUACCGCUUCUACAAACUAGUCACCCUAAAGGGUUUGAUUGAACCCGUUUCAAUGAUUGUGCCAAGGAGGUCAGACACAUACCAGGAGGACAUCUACCCCAUGACGGCAGGAACAGAGCCCGCGCUGUCUGCCAGCGAAUGGCUGAGCGGUAUUGACAGAGACCCCAUCUUGAUGUCCAUGAAGGAUGGUUACCACCGGCCAAACCGGUUGGUGUUCAAGGCCCCAGUAAAGGAAAAGAAGGCUAUGGUAGUGAAUGGGAUUGACCUGUUGGAGAACGUACCACCCAGGACAGAGAAUGAGCUCUUGCGAAUGUUCUUCCGGCAACAGGAUGAGCUGCGGCGGCUGAAGGAGGAGCUCACCACCAAGGAUGUGCGAAUACGCCAGCUGGAGCUAGAACUCAACAACCUGAAGAAUGUUAGUCCCAACAAUGUCUGACCUCUUAGCCUCCUGGACUGGCAAAACUGCUUCCUUUGCCCCUAAUGUGGACCUCCAACAGGCUUCUGAGCCCCCCCACCCUGCUUUUUUUGAUACCACAUUAUAUAACUUCAGUCCUGCUGCCCUGCAUAGUGCACUCAAUAAUGUGAUGAGUGGUGGGUAAUGUGUACCGGAAUGUUGUAGUAAUGAUAAAUAUGAUAAGUAAUGAAGGCAAGGCAGUGUUCACUGGUCAAUACCUGUACCUUAAGUUGUCGGUUUUUGUAUUCUUUUUUUUUUAACAAAUGAAUAUUCUUCAUCUAGCACACACUCAACAGCUAGGAUCAGUGCAUCUUCAGCUAGACCACCUAGAAGUGUUUGUCUCACUAUGCCAACCCUGUCCUCCAUCACCAUCCAAUAAAGCCCCUAAACUCAUCCUUCUAUACCAACCAAAUUCACACUUUGUUGUUGAGGCAAAACUGGGGGGUAUAAAGUCUCUCACCGCCUCUUGUUCUUCUUCCCUAAGGCCUUAAAACCUGCUGCAGACCGUUUGCAGCAAGCAUGCAGUUUCAUCUCAAAAUUGCUGAGGUGCAGUAGUUUUGUAUCCGACAGACAGGAAGAGCUUUUGCAGUCAUGGAGCAUGUUUUUCACAGAGCUGCUUAUCCUGUUACUUUGUUUCUCACCUACAAAUGUUGGCUGUAAAUUUACUUCACAGCACUGACACACAAUGAGUCAAGGGCAGUCUUUUCCCAGGUAGUGGGUAGUUGACUGACUUCAGGUAUCUUUAUUGUUUAUUUAAAUACUGGGACAGCAGCAAAGGAGACAUGGAUCCAGGGGUGGAGGACUUGCAUAACCAUUAAAACCAAGUCUCAAGGGUUGGCUUUGGUUUUUAGGGCUAAUUUUGCAGAUGGGCAGUAAUGUAUAUUUGCUUCUAUUUAUUUGAUCAUUUUAGCUGGUAACAUUUUUGACAUUAACAUUUGUUAAUCCCAUUGUUUUCUUAUGAUGUGGCUGUGGCAAGUGAUGAUUGUGAUGCUUGAUAGAUUCUACAGAAUGUUUCCGGUUGAAAUGGUGCAAGAUUUGUGUGAACCUGUACCUUGAAUGGUAUUAGUUCGACUUCAACAAUGUAACUCCAGAUAAGGUAUGAAAAUAUAUUCCUGCCUAUUCUAAAUCACAUAGAAGACUGUAUUAAUAACCAUUCUUUUACAUUUAAGCUAAAUAUAUCACCAUUACUGAGAUGUGUUUACCUGUAGACGUGUAAUUUUGCCCCAGAGACUUGGUCAUCUGCCUGCCUUCUCCGUUUGUACUAUCAACACAUUUAGGCUAAUUUGCAGUUUAAAUGCUUCUCUUUUACCAUCAAACUGUUUUUUUCCCCUACAGUCUGAAAUCUAAGAAGUGGAUACUGGAUUAGGAUUUGAUUGGCUCUGUUAUGCCAGCCAGGUUCAAGCUGUUACCUGUCUUAAUACUGAUUGCGCUCUUAGUGCACCAAGGAUAAAGAUGAAUUUGCUGCAUGGAUAGCAAGAAUGAAAUCUGUACCCUAAGUGAAAAGAACGCAUGUUAAGAACUGAAGGUCUUUCCUGAACACACCAAAGCAGGUACAUUCAAGUUUUAUAGCUUCAGGAAAAAAAAAAAAGCCAUGGACCCUCUAUUAACUAAACUUGAACCACUGACACACUGAAAAAUACAUUUCUUGCAGGAAAAAUAAAAAAGCUACAGUGAAAGUAGACAGUGGGGAAAUGUACUACAGUGAAAGACGGGUGAUGCUGAACCCUGUGAAACUUCAGGGCCUUUCAUGUAGGACUAAAAUCAGCCAGUUCAUUUUUGGGUUGUUAGGAUGAUGCGAGUUUCAUGCUUUUAAAAUGGCAAAACUCUGUACAAUUGCUGAAUGGCAUUUUGGCUUUGACAAGUCUACAGUAUUACAUCUCAGUCUACUGAAACAUGCAUCCUAGAUUGCUCAUCAGUACCUGAUGACCUAGAACUGAAUUCUCAAUACAAAGAACACAAAACCUCAAAACAUGUAUAAAAGGAAUUUAUUGAAGUGAAUGGGGAAAAACAGAAUUUGGCUGACGACAGUGGAGUGAAAAUCAGAGGUAGGCCAAUUUGACCAUGGUGUGUACUAGUGAAAAAAAAAGUUUGAACUAGUUCCUGUUUUCAAGAGUUUACAAUGAAACAAAUUUUCAAUGCAUAUAAUGCGGGAUUCUAACCUCCAUUUUUAAUCGAGCACUUCUCUACUCUACCACUACAAAUUCAAACACCGCCGCCUGUGUCUCUCAGAAAAGAAUGUGGGAAACGUAAUGGAUUCUAAUGUUGAACAUUUAUCUUGAUGGAAAGAUUAUGCAUACAAAGUUAUCUUCAAAUUCAAAAAAUUUCACACUGCGUAUUUUAGAUAAAGCAGCAUACAUAUUUAAUAUCUUAUUACAAUUCAUAGUUUCACCUCAGUUGUCUGUUUGUCUGCCAUCAUCAAAGAGAAUACAAAAAAAUAGAUUUGGUCAUUAUUUACAAGAACACGUAAUUUCCGAACUAUCAAAGCUGAGGGUUUCAGGAGAAGGAGUAACUUUGACAAGGGCAGACAUUUUUCUGCUAUGAUUUAAAAAUAUGCCCUGUGAGGGUCACAUUGCAUGUUCAGAAGUUUCACACCAGGACAGCAGAGAGUAUUGGCCUACUGGUGACACUACAAAUACAUAACUUACAUUAAAAAUAAAGUACAAUGCAAAAAUAAGUUUAAGACAAGGAGAGGACAGCCAUACAUGAAAUCCAGUAACUGACUUUAAAAUGUAUUAGACAUGCUCUCUUUUUUUGUUUCAUUUUUGUUUUUCCUUUGGGGGGAGGGGGCAGCUUAAAAUACAUGUCAUCAGAAACUGGUCUUCCACAAACAGUGAGAAAAACAUUUCUUAAAAAUGUUUCUUUGCUGUUAUUUAUUAUUACAAAAAAAAAAAAAAAAA